UGUGUGUAUGUGUUUACAAGUACAAUCACAACACAAACUCCUUAUCCUCUCUCUCUCUAUCUCUCUCUCUCCUCAAGCACUCUUCAAUGGCGACUCAGAUCUAACUCAUCAAAAUCCUCUUCGUACAUUUUCGUACCACAACAUUCUAGAUUCUUCUUCAUUCUUCCCACCAUCGUCAUGCAGCAGCAGCAGAAAGUAGCAGCGUUAUCGUACUCAUUCCCCGAAGAAGUUCUCGAACAUGUCUUCUCAUUCAUCGACUCAACCAAAGACAGAGGCUCGAUCUCUUUAGUAUGCAAGUCAUGGUACGAGAUCGAACGCUGGUGUCGCCGGAGAGUCUUCGUCGGAAACUGUUACGCUAUCACACCGGCGAUGGUGAUAAAACGGUUUCCGAAGGUGAGAUCUAUUACGCUGAAGGGGAAGCCGCACUUUGCGGAUUUCAAUUUGGUGCCGGAAGGUUGGGGUGGGUACGUGUGUCCGUGGAUCAAAGCUAUGGCGGUUGCGUUUCCGUGUUUGGAAGAGAUUAAGCUUAAGAGAAUGGUGAUUAGUGAUGAUUGUUUGGAUUUGAUUGCUAAAUCGUUUAAGAAUUUCAAGGUUUUGGUUCUUAUUUCUUGUGAAGGUUUCACUACUGAUGGACUUGCUUCCAUUGCCGCCAAUUGCAGGAAUUUGAGGGAGUUGGACCUGCGGGAGAGUGAAGUGGAGGACAUUUGUGGUCAUUGGCUAAGCCAUUUUCCUGAUUCAUACACAUCCUUGGUUUCUCUGAACAUCUCUUGCCUAGCAAACGAGGUGAAUUUUCCUGCGCUAGAGCGCCUGGUUAGUAGGUGUCCUAACAUGCAUACUCUCCGCCUCAAUCGUGCUGCACCCCUUGAUAAGCUUGCAAACCUUCUCCGUGGGGCUCCACAGCUGGUUGAGUUAGGCACUGGAGCCUACACAUCCGAGAUGCGGCCGGAGGUCUUUACAAACCUGGCUGCAGCAUUUUCUGGGUGCAAGCAAAUGAAGGGCUUGUCUGGCUUUUGGGACGUGCUCCCAUCAUAUCUUCCUGCUGUCUAUCCUGUAUGCUCCAGGCUCACAUCACUGAACUUGAGUUAUGCUACAAUCCAAAGCCCGGAUCUUAUCAAGCUUGUGGGUCAAUGCCAGAGUUUGCAGCGCUUAUGGGUUCUGGAUUACAUAGAAGAUGCUGGCCUUGACAUGCUUGCUGCAUCGUGUAAGGAUCUGAGGGAGUUGAGGGUGUUUCCCUCUGACCCAUUUGGGUUGGAAGCAAAUGUAGCGUUGACAGAGCAGGGCCUUGUUUCUGUGUCUGAAGGUUGCCCCAAGCUCCAUUCAGUCCUAUAUUUUUGUCGUCAAAUGACCAAUGCUGCCUUAAACACAAUAGCUCGGAACAGGCCUAAUAUGACUCGUUUUAGAUUAUGUAUUAUUGAGCCUCGAACUCCUGACUAUCUCACCCUUCAAUCUCUGGAUUCUGGUUUUGGAGCUAUUGUUGAACAUUGUAAGGAUCUUCAGCGCCUUUCCCUUUCAGGGCUUCUCACAGACCGUGUUUUUGAGCAUAUUGGGACUUAUGCGAAGAAGCUUGAGAUGCUUUCUGUGGCUUUUGCUGGAGAUAGUGAUCUGGGACUCCAUCACGUGCUGUCUGGGUGUGACAACCUUAGGAAGCUGGAGAUCAGGGACUGCCCCUUUGGUGACAAAGCUCUUUUAGCCAACGCUGCAAAGUUGGAGACAAUGCGAUCCCUUUGGAUGUCCUCUUGCUCAGUGAGUUAUGGAGCAUGUAAACUGUUGGGUCAGAAGUUGCCUAGGCUCAAUGUUGAAGUCAUUGAUGAAAGAGGACCUCCAAAUUUAAGGCCAGAUAGUAAUCCUGUGGAGAAACUAUAUAUAUACAGGACUAUUUCUGGGCCUAGAUUGGACAUGCCUGGUUAUGUAUGGACAAUGGAAGAUGAUUCUGCAUAUCUUGAAUGACUGUACUCCUCAAUAAUGAACAUUUGAUGUGUGACUUGGUGAUGGCAGGUACAGGCUCAACGUACCCUACAAUGAAUUUAAUCUGUUGACCGUCCUAUGCUGCUGUUAUGGUUGGUUUCUGAGCUAGGUACAGCAAGGAGGUUAUACAGUGUACUUAGAAAGCUUGAGCUCGAUUGCCAUUCAAUUUUUACUUUUGGCUGAGCGACUAGAUACCGAUUCUGAUCACAAAUAAAACCGGAAAUUUGUUGUUGUAUGUGGCAUAAGAUUGAGUUGUUAAAACUUGUUAUAUAAUUUAUUUUCGCCUUUUUAUUUCAAGGACUUCUGCAUAAUUUUUAUGCAUGAUACUUUGGUCGAGUAUUAAGAUAUUGGUGGGCUCAUUGUUAUUAUUGACCUUUGCAAAGGAAUAAAAUCUGUAUUCUAGUA